ACAGAUAGAGAUGCUUUAAGUACCAGAAUGAAUCACGCACACAUACAGCUAGCAUAUAGCAUCUUGCUCGUCCCUGCAAAACACAAGUCCAUGCAUCAGCAGAUCUUCGACAAAACAUUCCGCGCGUUCCUACAGACGGCCUUCACUAAACUUGGCACGUGACCUUCAACUAUUACCAAUAGAUCAUUAGCACGAAAUAUUGUUGUGGGUGGUUUGGAGAAGAAUGUCGUCUGUCACCAUGCUGAUGUUGACGAUCUUCGGGAUUUUGGUCAACAUGGCAUUAGCCUUCAUCGACCCUACUCAAGACGCAAAUUUUUUGCCUUCUGGCCAUACGUCUGCUGUUGAGUUUAUGAAUAUGAUAGAGAAUCGCAGCCUUGUCGACCAGAGAAUCCGGCCCAACCAUAAUGGUCCACCAGUUAUAGUUAAAUGUCAGGUGUUUAUAAGCAGCUUUGGUUCAAUAAGUGAGGUUAACAUGGAUUACUCGCUGGAUUUUUUCUUGAGGCAAGAAUGGAAUGACCCACGCCUACAAUAUGAGGGUGGAAAACAGCGCUAUAUAACAUUAACAUCUGAAAGCAUCAAGAAUAUCUGGACCCCGCCACUUUAUUUCCCAAACGAGAAGAAGGGCGAGCUUCAUACAAUGAUCAUUCCCAAUAAGCUGAUUAGGGUAACCCCCAAUGGGACUGUCACCUAUAGCAUCAGGUUGACUUUAGUCCUGUCCUGCCCUAUGCUCCUCACAGACUUUCCACUGGAUACCCAGGAAUGUGCCUUGAACAUUGAAAGCUUUGUCUAUGAGUCCGACGACAUUGAAUUGCAAUGGCAACCAGACCAUAGCCUUAAGAAUCAGGGAGUCGAAAUCCCAAGUACUGUAGGCUUGGCACAAUUCAAAAUAGAUGAUGUAAAAGCAUCGAGUAGAAAUCGAAGCUACUCGAGGACAGGAAGUUUUUCCUCGUUGAGAGCAGUGUUUCAUUUAAAGAGACAGAUAGGAUACUACCUGUUGCAGACUUAUAUACCGUCGAUGCUGAUCGUUAUUCUCUCUUGGGUGGCGUUCUGGAUUAAUAAGGAGGCUGUACCUGCAAGAAUAGCACUCGGUAUCACUACAGUCCUCACUAUGACCACACAACUAACAGGCUCUAGACAAGGGGUACCAAGGGUGUCUUACCCUAAAGCUAUGGACGUGUGGAUGGCAGCAUGCAUGUUAUUUGUGUUCCUUGCCCUGUUAGAAUACGCCGUUGUCAAUGUUAUGUCCACGGUUGAAAAAGAUAAGCAGGCAAGGCAUAGAGAUAUAGAAACUGGAAAGAAGGGUAACAAGAAAAGAGACCGUAGCUCAGUAUUGGCUUAUAACAAGGGAAGGGGUUGUACAGCGCAAUAUGUCGACAACUGCUCACGUAUCAUAUUCCCUGUCUUCUUUGUCAUCUUCAACUGCGCCUACUGGGCCGUGUAUACUGCAGAAUUCCAGACUAUGAUCGUAGAUGCAUUCAACAAGAUCAAGGGAGAGGAGUAACUUAUACUAGCCCAGGGGGCGCUCUGGGUUAUGAUAUCAAACACCCGGAUGUGAUAGAGCUCAAGAGUCUCCCCGGGGUUGUGCAAUUGAUAAACCUAAAUGUUAUACCAUCUUUACGCCCCGGGGAGCCAAGCCUCUAAAAAUGAUCGAGUGCAGUUAAGACAAUUUAGCAACUUUUCCCAGCAUAAUACACUGUAUCGAUGAAAUAUGCCCAUCUAAAACUGAACGAAGUAACUAA